UCACUUUUUUCCUUCUCCUCGCGCGCCCGUGUGAAAGCGCCGCGUGCUUGCGGACUGUAACGGGAACCUUCAGUGCCAGCGUGCGUCCGGGGGACUCUCCCUCCGCAGAGGCAGCGAUGACACGGUCCUCAUUUCCGAGAGCCCCUCUGAGCGCGCGGGAGCUGGACCUGAAUGGGAACAACCACGUGGAAUUUGUGAAAUGACGUCCAGUGCCGCAUCCUUCCCGCAGCUCAGAUUUGCGGUGAAACUUUCCAAUAAUGUGGAGAAUUACUCAAAUAAUGCGCCGGUAACAGAGGGGAUGCUUAUCUCGAGCGUGAGUUUAAGGAGUCAAAUGAAGGUGUAGUGAUAUUUCUUUUUUUUUUUUUACACUGUUGGGGAUGAAGGCAGACCGACGAACUAUGAACUUGUGGAUAUUAAUCUUAAACUUUUAUUUGUGCUGGACUUCGGUUGACGCACAGAUGGGGUUUGAUGGUCCGCUCUCUGCACAGGAGCAGAUGUACAUCCUUUAUGAAAUCAAACUGCAGUGCUACCAGAACCUCUCCAGCAUUGAACCAGGGUCCACAGAUGAGACGUGCCCUCCAGACUGGGACGGUCUUAUCUGUUGGCCUCAUGGCUCCCCUGGGCUGAUUACCAAGGUUCCCUGCCCGUCUUACAUCUAUGACUUCAAUCACAAAGGACAUGCCUACAGAAAGUGUGACGGCAAUGGUUCCUGGGUGUUUGUGGACCGCUGGAACAAAACAUGGACCAACUACUCAGAGUGUCUGCGCUUCCUUCAGCCCAAUGAUGAGGAAGGGAGACAAGACUUCUUUGAGCGGUUGUAUGUCAUGUAUACCAUUGGCUACGCUGUGUCCUUCAGCUCUCUGUUGGUGGCCAUCUUCAUCAUUGGUUACUUCAGACGUCUUCACUGCACCAGAAACUACAUCCACAUGCACCUGUUUGUUUCCUUCAUGUUACGGGCCGUCAGCAUCUUUCUGAAGGACAAAGUCGUUCAUUCCAGUGCUGGAUUGCAGGACUUUGAUUCGGCCCUGUUGGACAACUUAAAAACAGUCAGCAUGGCACCACUGGACAAGUCUCAGUAUAUUGGGUGCAAGGUGACAGUGCUGCUCUUCAUCUAUUUCCUGGCAACCAACUACUACUGGAUCCUGGUAGAAGGCCUCUACCUCCACAGUCUUAUCUUCAUGGCCUUCCGAUCAGACUCCAAAUACCUUUGGGGCUUCACGCUCAUCGGAUGGGGUGUUCCAGCUGUCUUCGUGGCAGUGUGGGCGAUCGUCAGGGCAACGCUAGCAGAUGCAAGGUGUUGGGAGUUAAGUGCUGGUAACAUUAAGUGGAUCUACCAGGUUCCCAUCCUGACAGCCAUUGGGCUCAACUUCAUCUUGUUUGUGAACAUUGUACGAGUGCUGGCCACUAAAAUUCGAGAGACAAACGCAGGGAGAUACGACACCAGGAAACAGUACAGGAAACUGGCAAAGUCCACCCUUGUGUUAGUGCUGGUGUUUGGCAUCCACUACAUCAUCUUUGUUGGGAUGCCUCAUACAUUCGAGGGGCCGAGCUGGGAGAUCCGCAUGUACUGUGAGCUGUUCUUCAACUCCUUUCAGGGUUUCUUUGUGUCCAUUAUCUAUUGCUACUGCAACGGAGAGGUCCAGACAGAGAUAAAGAAAACAUGGACACGGUGGAACCUGGCCUUUGAGUGGGAGGGCCCGGUGGUAUGCGGCCGCUACCGUUACGGCUCUGUUGUCGUCGGCCUCAACAACAACAGUACCAGCAGCCAGUCCCACCUGGCAGGGGGUGGCCUCUCCACACGCUCCACCACGCUGGUUUCAAGCCGUGUUUAUCGUAGCUCGGGUCCGCAGCUCAUGCAUGCCACCCUCCCAGGAUACGUGAUCAGUAACUCAGACCCAUCGAUACCUGAAGAACCAGAGGACAGCGGCCCCAAGCGGGUGGACGAUAUCUCACUGAAGGAAAAUCUGCCUGUUCUUAGUACGAGUGCAACAACAGCCGAGGAUGAGGAGGAAACACUGUAGCAGUCUUUUAAUGUCAAAACAGGUGAUAGAGACUGAUGAAAAGAAAAGUUUGUAGGUGGAGCUGUGCCAACCAAAUCCAGUCUCAUGUAACUCAAAUUCUAAAGUAUCAAAGACAAAGAAAAGUACAGACUGUAGGUACAAGACAUCGAAAAGCUGUCUUGUACCCCCUUAUGAAAUACAACCUAAAAUACAAUGAACUUGAAGCUGCCGGUAUUGAAAGCUAAUUUUGAAUAUGUCUGUUGACGUCAGCCUCCACAGGUACACAUUUUUAGCCUUUGUGCUAAAUGUUGUUGAUCUGUGAUGGAAAUGGUUUGCUUAUGGAUCUAAAGGAGGCAGCGGUGUGGGGUGCCAGAAGGUGAAACUCAUUACUGAACUCUUACUGAAUACGACUGGCUGUCACCUUCAGAAGCUUAGAAAUGAAACUUUUUCAAAAAAAAAAGGACAAAACUUAUUGAUAACCCUUUAUUGUCAGUAAUGGAAUAUGCUGUUGCUUUGACUGUGGUGAUCUGAUUUUGAAAUUUAUUUCAGCGUUUUCAGUGAAGUAUACUGCCUGCUGUCACCUUGAUUGUAUAUAACAAGUACCGCGACUGAGGAUAAUUAAAAUGCACAGUAGGAAAAGAAAGCACACAUAAACACUUAAAUAAUAUACACAGAAAUGAGAAUAAACUGUGAGAAACAGGGGGUAAGAAUUUUUUUUUUUUUUAAAGGUACCAGCAGCUGUAGGAUAAUACUCAUCUCCUGGAAUGAGGAGACUUGAUGAACCUUUGUUCUUGCCAACACUGAACUUGAAAUUGAACAUGGAGGAGAAUACUGAAUGUGAUUUUCUCCUUGUAUCCCAAAGCUACAAAGAAAAUGUCAUUUACUGCCAUUUACAGAAGCUUCUAACCCUCCAGUUGCCUUCCAACAGGUGACAGAAUCCGUUGUGCAAGAGCAGGAGGAUACUGAAUAGAUGAAUUAAUCCUUUUUAUGGACGAAUUCUGUGUCAUGAUGAACUAAGAUGCUUGCUUGUUUAGUCCGCCCACUUUGUGAAGAGAAAGGAGAAAGAGAGGAGAAGCCUGCUAGCAUUGGCUGCAAAUGCAUCAAAAAGUGUAUGCAGAUUAUUUUUUGUGUGUCUUUAAAAUCACGCUGAAAUGAAAUGGAGAUACCGCUCACGUUUCAGGAGAUGUAUUGUUGUACACAUGCGCACAAUUUUGAGUUUUAUAGCCUUGAACUGCUGACAUCUGUGGAUUCACUUGCUAUGUUUAUUGCUUGUAAGGUCCUUAACGGCUGUCACUCAGUAGCACAUACAGUUGUAUGGCACAUCAAAUGUGACAAUCAUGUCUCUUAUUUUUGACAGUCAACUAUUGUGCUGACUGUGAAGGGCUACAUUCGGUGGCUACUUAAGGGUUUUUGUGUCUGCUUCAUGCAUGCCUGUUUGUCAGUGCAUUAGGUACAGUGCUUGUCACAAAAACAGAAUCUUUAUUGUACAUGUGCCUCUCCUGCUCAAGCAGAAGCUUUAAAAAAUUGACAUGAAAGGAUUCUUUUUAGUCUUGUCUAUCGUGCAAAUAAUGUAUUUAGCUGUUUUUCCUCUGUGAUAUUUGUUUGUGUCUUUCUCCUCUUCUUAUUCCAUUUAUCCUCCCUUCCCUCUCUUGCCUGUUAACUGCUGAUAAAUGUUUUCAACAACCA